CAGUCGGGUCUGAGGCGCCUGCGGGGGAGUCCCUGGCGGCGUGGGCUCGCCUUCCCCUUCCUCGGCCAUGAACGGCUACGGCUCUCCCUACCUGUACAUGGGGGCGCCGGUCUCGCAGCCCUCGCGGGCGCCCCUGCAGCGGACGCCCAAGUGCGCGCGGUGCCGCAACCACGGCGUGCUCUCCUGGCUCAAGGGCCACAAGCGCUACUGCCGCUUCAAGGACUGCACCUGCGAGAAGUGCAUCCUCAUCAUCGAGCGGCAGCGCGUCAUGGCCGCCCAGGUGGCCCUCCGCAGGCAGCAGGCCAACGAGAGCCUCGAGAGCCUCCUCCCGGACUCCCUGCGCGCCCUCCCGCCGGGGGCCUCCGCAUCCGCCGCAGCCUCCGCCGCCCCGGCGCCCCCGACGCCGCCCCCCGCCGCGGGAGCCCUCCUGGUCCUCCCCGCAGAGGGACACCCGCCCCGCAACCCCGCCGCCGCCGUCGAGGUGGCCCUGCGCUGGGCCUCCGAGCAGAGCCCCAACGCCAGCGCCAGCGCCGCCCUCCAGCCCCAGAUGCCCAAAACAGACAUGACUGAAGAAAGGUUGGGUGAUGUCAGCGGAGGAGACAGUGCUGAGACCUACAGUGACAAAGACGCAGACCAAAGGAGUUCCCCAGAUGUGACAAAGGCCAAGAGCAGUUUCGCCCCUGAGAGCCCUGAAAUUGUUUCUGUCGAUGAGGUUGGUUAUGCUGUCCAGAAAAACAGUGGGAGUGCUGACAGUAGACCCGAGAGCCCCAAGUACCAACCAGAACAAAACCACCUUUUGAUUGAAGGUCCAUCUGGGACUGUUUCUCUGCCUUUUGGCUUGAAAGCCAACCGGCCACCCCUUGAGGUGUUGAAAAAGAUUUUCCCAAACCAAAAGCCAACGGUGCUUGAACUGAUCUUGAAAGGCUGCGGAGGUGAUCUGGUGGGUGCAGUGGAAGUCCUUCUGUCCAGCAGGUCCUCCAUAGCAGGAGACAGAACUUCUGCUGAGUCGGAUGGUCUGGUUUUACCUUCGAAUGGGCACCUCUUUGAACACACCCUCAGUUCGUAUCCCAUUUCUUCCUCAAAGUGGUCUGUGGGGUCUGCUUUUCGAGUCCCAGACACACUGAGGUUUUCUGCUGAUACUACUAACGUUGUGCCAAACCCUCUGGCUGUCCCCUUACAGCACCCAUUUCCACAACCACCCAGAUAUCCACUGAUGCUGAGGAAUACUUUGGCAAGAAACCAGUCCAGUCCUUUUCUGCCCAAUGAUGUUACUUUGUGGAACACCAUGACUCUCCAGCAGCAGUACCAACUGAGGUCCCAGUAUGUCAGCCCUUUCUCAGCUAAUUCUACCAGUGUUUUCCGAAGUUCUCCCGUCCUUCCUACACGUCCUUCAGAGGAUCCUAGGAUCUCCAUCCCAGAUGACGGAUGUCCAAUUGUCUCAAAACAGCCUAUUUAUGCAGAAGAUGAUUAUGAUGAAAGAUCUGAUUCCUCAGACUCCAGAAUAUUAAACACAUCUUCUUAGAAUAACAAUUUGCAAUGAUAUUUUGAAGCACGGUAGAACUACUAGCCAUCAGGAGGAAGGAAUCAGGACCCCUUGAAUUGUAUAAAAAAGUGACUCUGCUUGCUACUAUCUCCUAGCAAUAAAAACAUAACUUAUUUGUUUUCUUGCACUUCACUGGAAAAUGCCAAAUAGCUACUACUUCAUGGCUUUAGUACUGAAAGUUUAUUACAAAAGUAAAAGAAAAAAUGUUGAAUUUUAAGCGUAUGUGUGACAAAGACUGUGGAACAUUUAAAAUGGAACAGAUAAAUCUGGCCUUUUAGACAACUGGGAAUGUUGAUAUUGUACUUGAAUGCAGUGUUCAAAGAGAGGACUCCUCAGGAUCUAGACAUGUAAAAAGCAAAUAAUUUAGUGGCCAAUGGACUAAACAGGGACCUUAGUGUCUUUAUGACCAUAAUCAUAAUGGCGGUAAAACCAAGAGCCACAAAAGACUAAAAAUGAACUAUCCACAUGCUGUUCAAGCUUGGACAUUUUGGAGACACCUCAACCGCUAUUCUUUUCAUAUAGCUAAAUGGAAACAUGUAUAGUGUCAAUGUAAAGCCAGUUACAGCUGUUGAGUUGCAUGAAAAUGUCUUGUGAAAAAUGUCCACACGUUUAAGCAUUGUUAGGUUAAUGUAGCAUGCUAAGCACUUGAGGGAGGGGGAAUAAACUCAGAUGCUGAUCUUGA